AUGGACUGUUGUCUAAGUGAAGAAGCGAAAGAGCAGAAAAGGAUAAAUCAGGAGAUUGAGAAACAGUUACGCAAAGAUAAAAGAGAUGCCAGAAGAGAAUUGAAGUUGCUUCUAUUAGGAACAGGAGAGUCAGGCAAGAGUACGUUCAUUAAACAGAUGAAAAUUAUUCAUGGUAGUGGGUAUUCUGAUGAAGAGAAACGAAGUUUUACAAAACUUGUCUAUCAGAAUAUUUUCAUGGCUGUCAGUUCCAUGGUUCGAGCCAUGGAGACCCUUAGAAUUCCAUAUAAAAAUCAUGAAAAUGAAGAAAACUCAAAACUGUUGAAGCAAAUUGAUUAUGAGAAAGUGACAACAUUCGAAAAACCAUACGUGGAUGCAGUGAAGUCACUAUGGAAUGAUUCAGGUAUCCAGGAAUGUUACGACAGGCGAAGAGAAUAUCAACUAACCGAUUCUGCUAAAUAUUACCUGGAUAACCUGGAUACAAUAGCCUCUCCUAACUAUUUACCGACAUUACAAGACAUUUUGAGGGUGAGAGUGCCAACAACAGGCAUUAUUGAGUAUCCUUUUGAUCUGGAUAGCAUCAUAUUCAGGAUGGUUGACGUAGGGGGCCAGAGGUCAGAGAGAAGGAAGUGGAUUCAUUGCUUUGAGAAUGUCACAUCCAUCAUGUUCCUAGUCGCCUUAAGUGAAUAUGAUCAAGUACUGGUUGAGUCCGAUAACGAAAAUCGCAUGGAGGAGUCAAAGGCAUUAUUUCGAACAAUCAUCACAUAUCCCUGGUUUCACAACUCGUCAGUCAUACUCUUCCUCAACAAGAAGGAUCUUCUAGAAGAAAAGAUCCUCUACUCCCAUCUUGUUGAUUACUUUCCUGAAUUUGAUGGUCCUCAGAAGGAUGCCCAAUCAGCAAGAGAGUUCAUAUUGAAGAUGUUUGUUGACCUCAACCCUGACCCAGAUAAGAUCAUCUACUCCCAUUUCACUUGCGCCACUGACACGGAGAACAUAAGAUUUGUCUUUGCGGCUGUUAAGGAUACUAUUCUUCAGCUGAAUCUUAAAGAAUAUAAUCUGGUCUGA